AAAAAAAAAAAAAAAAAAGAAGAAGAAGAAGAAGAAGCAUUUCAGAGUAACCUUAGACUUCUCCACGUCUUCUGCCACCUCUGCCGAAAGCUCCAAAACUGACUGGUAGUGUCCAGUGGGCAGGAUGGGUACACGGCCAUCAGAGACACCUCCUCUGGCCAGGGCCAGGUAGCAAUGUGUGCCAGUGAUGACCACUGGACUUCAGGGCUGGCAAGGCAACACCAGAAGGCCUGUUGGCGGCUUGUUAUCCCUUCCUGUGGAUGGCUGUUUCCUUACCGAUUUUCCAUUCAGAUUGCACACACUGACGGACUGGCCGGUUCGUCCUCAGGGGCAGGGAUUUGCUCUCCAGCUGCGUGCUUCCCAGAUUCUCCGUAAGGGUUCUUCUCGGGGACACCGGAGGCUGCUUACCAGCUCUGCUCCAGCCAUCAGCCUCAUGGAAAUAGUACUGAAUGCAUAAAGAGCCUUUUUCUUUUCUGGAUUUCCAACACUAGCCAGCGCUACACAGCGAGUGGCACGCUGCGUGCCUUCUUAUAGAGCGACAUGGUUUCCAGUGUGGAAGUCUCUCGUUUUACAAAUUUUCCAACGCAGCAAAAUGAUACCUUGGUUUCAAGCUCUCGGCAAGGCUGGAGACCAAAGCAGAGCCUUGGGUUUUUUGUUUGUUUGUUUGUUUGUUUGUUUUUUGUAUCUACUUCUCCAGAGGAAUUCCCAAAGUUCCUCCACAUACUUGGGUAAUGGGGACAUGAGCAAGACAUCAACACCCUUAAAUAGGGAUGCCGAACAUAGCCUUGUUCUCAGGGAAGGCGAAUCCUUGGGAUGAAAAGUGUACCCUAAGGACUCUGUCCUGCUGGGGUGUAUAAUCUGCAGCCCUGAGCCUCCAGGGAAGACGAUGCCUUUUCCACCCAGGAAAAGCCACCUGCUGAGCAGCUGCUGGGCGCUUCUACCUUCCAGUGGCUUCCUCAACUCCAGCAGAAGGGGACAGUCACAGCGCUGACCUAAGGACAAAAGAGAAACUCCAGGAGGCAAGAAAGCUCCGUGAGUCAAGAAGGGGAAUUCCUGAUCCUGCAUGAGGAUUGCUGGCCGAUAAAUACUCCUCAGACUCUUCAGGUUCAGCCUUCCUGCUGCUGCUCUCUGCAGAGAAAGAUCACCGAAGCCCAGGCAGAGAGCUGCAGCAGCUGCUGGGAUGAACGGGAAGGUCACAGCCAUAGCCCUGGUUGCGAUCAUCUGGGCCACAGCUGCUCAAGGCUUCGUUAUGUUCAAAGGGGGGCGCUGUCUUUGCAUCGGCCCUGGGGUGAAAGCCGUCAAAAUGGCAGCGAUCGAGAAAGCUUCUGUAAUUUACCCGAGUAACGGCUGCAACAAAGUGGAAGUGAUUGUUACUCUGAAGGCUCAUAAACAACAAUGGUGCCUGGACCCCAGAUCCAAGCAAGCUCGCCUCAUAAUGCAGACAAUAGAAAAAAAGAAUUUUUUAAGGCGACAGAAGAUGUGAUGUCCUGAAGCAUGUGAUGUCCUGAAGGAAAAAAAAAGUGACAUCCUGGGAGCAUCUGACUGUGAGCUCUGUGCCAGGAACCCGACCCUCUCCUGUCUUGGAACAUGGAUCCAUGUAUUACCAGGCUGCAGAACUUUCUAGAAGGUCCGAUACAUCUAAACUGUUCUGAUUGGCUAUGAAAAUAGUUAUCUCUAAAAGUCACGUGCACAUUCCACAUUACCUUCUGUGGUUACAAUGGACACAUUGUUAACUGGAAUCUGGUCCAAUGCUGGAUUCAAAAGCAUCUGUGUGUGUAGUAAAACAUUCCUCAAAUAAUUUUUCAUGCAAAUAAACAUUCCUUUCCCCAAAUAUCAUGAGGCACAUGAACAUAUAGGAAGACAUUUCCACAUAUUGUCUUGUUUGUUCAUUUAAAAAGACUACGAUUCGUGAGGGGCCCUGAAAACAUUUCUGCAUUGUAGAAACUAGUAAGAACACUACUAUUUCCUAGCUAGUCACACUGGCUAGUUAGCUAGUCACACUGGCUAGUUAGUCACACUGGCUAGUUAGCUAGUCACACUGGCUAGUUAGUCACACUGGUUAGCUAGUCACACUGGCUAGUUAGUCACACUGGCUAGCUAGUCACACUAGUUUCCCACUGAGGCCUUCUAAAGGGGUUAAGAUGUGUAGUUCCAAUACAUCUGGUUUUAUCUACUUUAUCAGUGACAAUAAC